UAAUGAAUCAUAAAGGAGUAGAAAAGAUAACAGAUUUUGGAUUUCCAAAAAUUGUGGAUAAUUUUAAUGGAGAAUUGUUAAGAAUUUGUAUUGUGGUUCACCAUUAUAUAAGUCACCAUAAACAUUGAAAAAAGAAAAAUAUACUACUAUGGUGUUAAAGAGUAAUUUAUUGUGAAAUGAU